AUGCUGGCCAAAUCUCUUUUGUCGAUUGCAUCUGUUGCAGCUACUUACCUUGCUUCUGUCCAGGCGAAGCGGCAUAUAUACGUUGGGUCUUAUGGAAACAACAUAAAUGUGUACACGGCCAAUGCACAGAAUGGAAACCUCACUCUAGUAGAUCAAACUGAGUCAUUGGCACCUUCCUAUCUCUCGCUACAUCCCAGCAAUCAAUACAUUUAUGCUUGCAACGAAUUGAAUAAUACAUACUCUGCCUUCCAAGUCGAAAAGAACGGCAGUCUAAAAUUCAUCAACAAACAAAAUUCUAUUGGCUCUGCCCCAGCCCAUGUGGCAGUUCACCCUUCAGGCAAUUUCUUACUUGGAACUUCUUAUGACAAAGGCAUUUUCUGGACAUAUCCUAUUGAACAAAACGGUGCAAUUGGCAGCCCAAACAAAGAAGUUAAAGAUCCUGCAGUCAAUGGUGAUAGCUUGGCAUCCCUGCAAGGCCACGAAUCACCUCAUGCACAUCAGCUGAUCUCCGCAAUCAACCAAACUCAAGUCCUCGGCUUUGAUCUCGGCAUCGACCGUAUCAACGUAUUCACACUCGGAAAGGAUGGGUCUCUCACCGCCAGUACAGAACAGCCUUAUAUCAAUAUCAACGGUGGAGCUGGCCCUCGACAUGGCGUUUUCUCAAAGGACGGCAAAUUCUUUUAUAUCAUUACGGAAGAAGGCAACUUUAUCUCUGUAUUCAAGUAUGAUGCAAUUCUAGGAACCUUCAUUUUUGUUCAGAGCAUCGAUACUUUACCAGCCAACUUUUCCAAGGUCUCAUACGGAGGCGAAAUUCGUAUUUCCCCUAACGGCAAGACCUUGUACGGGACCAAUCGAGUCCCUGGAACCGAAGAAGGCAGCAUCGCGGUGUAUAAAAUCAAUACAACCACAGGCAAACUUACAUUAGUUCAAAUCAUUGGUAGCGCUGGAGAAUAUCCUCGCGGUCUCAACAUUGACCCUGAAGGAAAAUUUGUUUACUGUGGAAAUCAAAAUUCCAACACAAUAGGUGUAUUCAAAACGGAUGCUGAGGGAAAACUUCAUUUGACAGCUACUGUCCACCAGCCCUCUCCUGCAGACUUUGAGUUCGGACCUGAUAUUUGAAUGUGAAUUGAUAUGGGAUCACGCUUGAUACAAUACGGCUAGCUAUCUACAGCCCAUUUUAUCCAAUUAUUAAAAUAAAAUUCUU